CACGCUCGUACACAGCCCCCUCGGGCUACAGCUGAUCCGCGUCUCCCCUCCCCCCGCCUACGACAACUCGUAUGUAAGCCGUCGUGUUGCUUGUCGCGCUCACCGUCUCCUAACCCAACACACGUCUGUCUCACCACGAGCUUCCCUCUCUAUUUCUCUCGCUGUCCUCUUCUCGUCCCUCUUUGUAUCCAUCACCAACGCGAAAUAACUACCACAACCACCACCGCCUGUCCAACCACGGUCGCUAACUAAACCCACAACACAUUACCUGCAUCCCAUCCAGGAAUGUCUGCUCCCGCCCAGCCUACCGACUCAAAGUCCGCCUCGCUCCUACAGCCAACAAGUGAGGAAGCCCCGCCUAUUUACAGCGAGACUUCCGGAUCCACCAUCGUUGUUGGCGAUGGCAACGUCUUCUCCGACAUCCCGCGUCCGGGCGCCAUGAACUACGGCCCCGGCAACCGCCAAUCCUACGUGCCGCGUGCUGAGCGGAAGGGCACCUGGAAUUUCAGCCUCUUCGAUUGCUUCAGCGACCCUGGUGCCACUGCCAAGGCUUGCUGCUGCCCAUGUGUCUCCUACGGGCAAACCCGCCACCGCCUUCACGCCCCAGGCACCGACGCGCCCAUCUUCUCUUCUCCCUGUCUCGGCUACUGCUUGACAGCAUCCUUCAUUCCAGGUGGAGAGCACAUUUUUGGGUUCUUGCAGCGCAAUGAACUCCGACAACGUCUCGACAUCGACCAGAAGCCAAGCGAGGCGUCGGUCCGUCUUCCCGGCCGUGGAGGAGAUCUCCGUGUCAACCAGGGAAACUCUUCUCCCCCCUUGUUUGAGAGCCUGCACACUGCUAUCGGGUUCCUCGACGAUGCGUGGAAACACUUCUUCUGCCCGUGCUGUGCACUUGUGCAGGAGGACCGGGAGACACGCGCCUGGGAGAGGGAGUACGAGGAGGGAGGACUGGACAGCUUCAAUAACGCCGCCGAAGCUGGCGUCGAGGAGGAGGGCGAGAGGCUGCUCGGUUCCGAGAGAUCGGGACUCCGGGGUCUUCGUGGGUAAAACUACUACUGCUUGAUCCACCCAAAGGGUGAUAUCGGAUACAUGCGCGCUUCGCUAUGUAUAAUUUUACUUUACCUAUAUUUGUUACUGCACGUGAGUAUUGGGGGUCCCAUCACUGGGUCUGUAGUUUGUUUGUUCUCUACUUUUUGUUGGCUGGGCCUGGA